AGAAGAAGACUGACUGACUUCAAAUUUUAAAAAUCUCUCUUCCAUAAAAUCUUGCUUCCAUUGUAAUGAAUCCCUCUUCAAAUUUCCAAUUCUGCUUCUAAUUCGGGAGCCAUGGCUUCGUCUUCUUCCCUUCCUCCGCUCUCCCUAAUGCUCUGCGUUUCCUUUUUCAUUUUCAGUUUCGUUUCCCAUUUCUCUAAUGCCCACGGAUCGUUCAUGUUCGAUGUCCACCACCGCUACUCCGACGCCGUCCGUCGACUCCUCCCCGUCGACGGCUUGCCGGAGGAGGGCACUCUCGAGUACUACGCAGCUAUGCUCCGUAGAGACCAUUUCUUCCGCGCCCGUCGACUUGCUACCGCUGAAGAUCGCCCUCCGCUCACUUUCAUCUCCGGCAACGAAACUAUUCGACUCAAUCCUCUGGGAUUCCUGCAUUACGCUGAAGUUAAGGUGGGGACGCCCGCGGUAUCGUAUUUAGUGGCGUUGGAUACUGGCAGCGAUUUGUUCUGGUUACCAUGUGACUGUGUUAAUUGUGUUACUGGGUUGAAUUCAUCCAGUGGGGUAAUAAGAUUUAAUAUCUACAGCCCUAAUAAUUCAUCAACCAGUAAGGAGGUCCCAUGUAGUAGCGCCUUGUGUUCACAUGCAAGCCAAUGCUCUUCACCGAGUGGCACAUGCCCAUAUGUGGUCUCGUACCUUUCUGAAAACACCUCUUCUACUGGCUACUUGGUAGAGGAUAUAUUGCACUUAACCACAAACGAUGACCAAUCAAAGCCCGUUAAUGCAAAGAUUACUCUUGGGUGUGGUAAGGACCAGAGUGGUGCAUUUUUAAACUCUGCAGCACCAAAUGGAUUAUUUGGGCUAGGUAUCGAGAAUGUUUCAGUUCCUAGCAUCUUGGCAAAUGAAGGACUCACUUCAAAUUCUUUUUCCUUGUGUUUUGGACGUCAUGGAAUGGGAAGAAUUGAAUUUGGAGACAAAGGUAGUCCGGAUCAAAGUGAAACACCAUUCAACUUAGGACGAAAACAUCCAACUUACAACAUCAGCAUCACUCAGAUAAAUGUGGGAGGAAACGUUUCCAAUCUUGAAUUUGAUGCAAUUUUUGAUUCUGGGACCUCAUUUACCUACCUGAACGACCCGGCCUAUUCACUUAUUUCUGACAAAUUUGAUUCUAUGGUUGAAGAAAAGCGGUAUACAAUGAAUUCAGACUUCCCUUUUGAAAACUGCUAUGAAAUGAGCCCAAACCAAAACAACUUCACAUACCCUGUAAUGAAUCUGACGAUGAAAGGUGGUAAACAGUUUUUCAUCAAUCAUCCAGUGAUUCCGUUCAACGGCAAGGUGACAAGUAUUUUUUGUAUUGCCAUUUUCAGAAGUCCAGACAUUAAUAUCAUUGGACAAAACUUCAUGGCUGGUUAUCACAUAGUAUUUGACCGUGAAAAGAUGGUUUUGGGUUGGAAGAAGUCAAACUGCAAUGGUGACGAGAAUGAGAUCACCAACAAUUUUCCCGUCGAUCCAUCGCCAGCCCCCGCCCCCGCCCCCGGAAGAGCAGUCAACCCACAAGCCAACAGCAACAGCAACAGCAACAUUAACAACUCUUCUCGAACUAUAGAACCACCAAGACCUGCAGGAAAUAGUGGUUCAAACCUUCUAAGUUCAGUCAUUCUCACGUUGGUAAUGAUUCUUUUUCCAUUUUUGCUUUUUGUUUGAUAAAUUUUUGUUACCUUUAUAUUCUUAUAUAGUUAUAUUGUUUAACCCAUAUAGUUUGAGCUUAUAGAUUGAUAGAUGGUUUAAUAUUGGUGAAAUUUAUUGUAAGUGGGAAGUAUAGAAUGGUUUGUAACAAUAAAUUUGUAGUAUGAGUUGGCCGUUAGCCCUUCUUUCAUUGAAAGGAGAAUUACAGAUUGAAGUUUGAAAUAUGAAAAACUUUUGUUCAUGA